AUGGAAUACAUUUCAAGAUCAAAUAUAGCAAAAAUGUUCGGCAACUAACUUGUGAAAGGCUCAACAACAGAUAAGUGCAAGAAAUUAGUUUCUUGGAGUUGGGAAAUGCUUGGUUCACUUUUAAUUAUUAUGGGAAGUCCAUUAUCAGUAAAAAGUCUCAAGAAUAUCGAUGAAUGUGAUUCAUUGAAGUCUAUCGAUAUCAAUAGAUAAAAGGAGUUCACUUUAGUGUUGGAUCUUGAUGAAACAUUGAUUCAUUCAGAUCUAGAAAGAACUUCUAUUCUAGACGAAGAAAUUAUAGUAAAAAUAGGAGAGAAUAUUGAAAAAUAUUAUAUUAAGGUGAGACCUUAUGCUAGAGAGUUCUUAUAAAGCCUUUCUUAAUUGUUUGAUUUGGUCAUAUUUACAGCUGCUUUAAAGGAGUAUGCUGAUAAGGUUAUUGAUUUUUUAGACCCAUGUGGAUUUAUCAAAAGAAGAUUCUAUAGAGAUAGUUGUACAAAAAAGGAUGGUGUAUAUUACAAAGACCUAACAAAAGUGAACCAAAAUUUAGAGAAAACUUUCAUAAUUGACAAUUCGUUGUCUGGAAUGCAAUUAAAUUUAUCAAAUGGAAUGUUGAUUAAAUCAUGGUAUAAUGACACUAAAGAUCAAGAGUUGAAGAAAUACUAAAGCAUGAUAAAAAAGGGGAUUAAAUAAGGUGAUAAUGUUGUUACUUGCAUAAGUGCGAUGAAGAGCAAGUAUCCAAAUAAUAUUUUGAAUUGAUUUGAGUCGAUUUAACUAUUUAUUAUUGAUAUGUUUAUUUAAUGACA